AAAUAAUUUGAGCGUAUCGUCAAAGCAGAAAAAUGAAGGUUUUCGUGAUCCUGAUAGGAGUCUUCUCAUCUGUCUCUGCGGAAGUCAUGAAGUGUAAUGGCGCUGAUGGCGCCACUGCCGAGGACUGCGAGGACGGAGUUGUCGCAUGUACAUCUCCAGUGUGGUCGCAGUACUACGGAGGUGCGAGUGCUCAAGCGUACGGGUGUGGAGAGUGCCCUGCUGACAGUACUGCGACAUGUGCCCAAUGCGUUGCCACAGCAGACGCCGGAUGUAACGUAGACGUAACUCCAGCUGGAGCAAAAACGUUCGAGUGUUUCGACUACAGCCUGGUAUCAGACAAAUUAGUGAAAUCCGAAACAGCGACAAUUUGUCACGCUGAGGAAGCCACUGCCAUCGCAUGCAACAAACCCGAGCAUUCAGCGGUACUCUUGAUAGAACAAACCUAUAGCGUGGCUAACAAGGGUUGUGGACCGUGUCCUAAAGAAGCAAAGGAAGACAAAAGAUGUCUCGAAUGCUUCACCGACAAAUGCAAUUCUGCGUCAACUCUAGCGUUUGUUUUGGCGCCCCUCUUGGCAGUUAUCUUCCAUAUGUUGUAAGAAGACCGAGAUAGGAACAGAAUAUUUAGAAUAGACAUUACCUUUUAGUGUUAUAUUUUCAAUUUUUAAAUGAUCAUGAAACAUUUUUCUGGUUAAUUUCAAAG